GUAGGCGUGAUAAUUUUCUCUGCUCUUUAUAUAGAGCUUAAAUCAGGGAACCCGCGUAGUUCUGAUUUAGAUUUUCAAAAGCCUGGGACACCAUGGGUAGGCUGCCUCUGUCGACUGUUGUAAUAGCCAUUUUCGCGCUUAUUUGUCUAAAUGGGAAUGCUUUGGAACAACCAUCUUCUGCAGGAUUCGAAGCUAAGGCUCAAAUGAAUGGUCCCCCACAAGGUGGAAUGCCCCCACCAGGCGGAAGGCCUCCACCCGGUGGUGGUAUGCCCCCACAAGGAGGUGGUAUGCCCCCACCACCGAAUAAUGGAACACAUGGUCCACCACCUGGAAAUGGAACUUUCCCAGGACCUCCUCCUCCUCCGAGCACUGCUUCUUCAUCAGGUUGAAUCCGCUUUAAACUGAAUUUCUCUCUACGGUUUGUCUUUUCGAAUGAUAUAAAAAAAUAAAUUGAAUUUCCAAGA